AUUCUCUCUGGCUGUCAAUCAGAUGGGGACUAUAACGCUGGUGCUCAAUGACGGGGUUAUUGUUCGCUCGUUCAUUUGUUGGUUGACCGGGCGAUCGGAUUUAAAGGCUUUGUGGCAAGGCACGCAUUGGCCGCGAAAAGUUUUCGGGUUCGGGUGCCGCUAGUGCCAAAGCAGCCCGCCGGCCAUCCCUUUCAAAUCCUCUUCCUUCCGGGUCUCCAUUUUCUUCCCUCUCUUUCCCAAACUCUGCAAAGCUUCAAUUGCUUCGCUCUCCUCUCCUCUUCCCUCUCUUCUCCACACUCCUCUCUUCCCUUCUUUCUGUUCUUCUUUUCAUAUACCCCCCCAUACACGCAAAAUGGCUGCCAACGCUAAGGUGGAGGCGCCUGCCGCCGCCCCUGCUCCCCAGCUCUCCGGCCUCCAGCUGUACUCCAGAUUCGCCUUCGCUGGUGCUGUCUGCUGCUCCGUCACCCACGGUGCUCUCACCCCUGUCGAUGUCGUCAAGACCAGAAUCCAGCUUGACCCCGUUACCUACAACCGUGGUAUGAUCGGCGGUUUCCGUCAGGUCAUUGCCAACGAGGGUGCUGGCGCUCUCCUCACUGGUCUCGGCCCUACCGCCGCCGGUUACUUCCUCCAGGGUGCUUUCAAGUUCGGUGGUUACGAGUUCUUCAAGCAGCAGUGGAUUAACCAGCUCGGUCUCGAGACUGCCUCCAACAACCGCACCGCUGUCUACCUUGCUUCCUCCGCUGCCGCUGAGUUCUUCGCUGAUAUCGCUCUCUGCCCUCUUGAGGCCACCCGUAUCCGUCUCGUCUCCCAGCCCACUUUCGCUACCGGUCUCGUCAGCGGUUUCGGUAAGAUCCUCAAGAACGAGGGUGUCGGUGCUUUCUACUCUGGUUUCGGUCCUAUCCUCUUCAAGCAGGUUCCCUACACCAUGGCCAAGUUCGUCGUUUUCGAGAAGGCUGCUGAGGCUAUCUACGGUAUGGUCGACAAGAACACCGCCAGCGAUGGUACCAAGACUGCUAUCAACCUUGGCUCCGGUCUCAUUGCUGGUUUCGCUGCUGCCCUUGUCUCUCAGCCCGCCGACACCAUGCUCUCCAAGAUCAACAAGACCCCUGGUGAGCCCGGUGAGGGUACCGUCUCCCGUCUGAUCAAGAUCGGUAAGGAGCUCGGCUUCCGUGGCUCCUACGCCGGUAUCGGUGCUCGUCUGUUCAUGGUUGGUACCUUGACUGCUGGUCAGUUCGCCAUCUACGGUGACAUCAAGCGUGUCCUCGGUGCCACCGGUGGUGUUGAGAUCUCCAAAUAGAUGGGGAAGUGAUGAAGGAAAUUUUUUUUGGUGUAUUAUAAUGCUCACUAGACCUGCGUUGCGUAAACAGUGUUUUCAAUAGAUUUUUCUGGUAAAAAGAGAAGUCUGGAGAUUGCAAAUGGAAUAGAGCAACAUCUGAUA